GCCUUGAAGGCAUCACCAUUUCCACAGACAGUCAGGCAGUUCCAGCAAACACACUAAACAAAUAGAACAACACAUACAUACGUACACAUAGUCAGUUAGCUUACAAAAUGGACCAAAGUGUGGAGCGUAAAGGGUCUCUCCAGACCAGGCCAACAGUGACGGAAGACGAACCCCAUCUGACGCCUCAGCUCAAGAAGCACUACGAGGCGGAGGCGGAGAUUUUGAGGCUUCUGCUGGACCUGGAGAUCCGCUAUCGGGACUUCUACGACCUGUAUCAGUGUGAAAUGAAGGCGCAGGACAUACUAAUCGAGCGCAUUUGGCUGCUAACCCAGCGUUAUUUGAUACUGAUCAGUUCGGAGCAGGGGUGUCAGUAUCCCGAGGUCUAUACCAGGUCCACCGAGGAGGCUAUCAUCAAUGAGUACCAGGAGAAGUUGGAAGUGGUGCGAGUCUCUAACAAUACCAUAAAGGCAGCUCUAAUGAAGGUGAGUGAACACUGCAAGGAGUUCUAUGCCGCCUAUGACAAGCUGGAUAAAACCCAGGAGACGCCUUUGCUGUUGGGCGACAAACACCACCGAUGCAUUAAGUACCACAAGAUAAUGGCUGUCGAUAUCUUUAACUAUUUCUACGCCAUGGUCCUAAAGCUAAAGUGCUACAUGCACCAGCUGGAUCCCAUGAGUGUGGAGAGUGUCGAGGAGUAUCGCUUGGUGCUCCAAAAGGAAGUCCUAAUGGAAGAGUUCGAAGAGUAUCUAAAGAUGCGCUUCGUCUACUGCCGGUGCCUGCUGCCGACGCAAACCUGCCCCAUCUUGAAGCUGAAGUGUUCCCAUCAGAACCUUGAAAAUUUGAAGUAUGUCAGUAGAAUCUAAUAAGACCAAGCCCAAAUGACGUAUAUAGUAGUAACAAUAAAUAGAAGCCUUGUAACACA